GCUACAGAGAUGGAGAGAGAGGAACAGAACAAACAAACAAUGCGCUCAUCCACAACAUUGAUAAGUGACUCCCAGCGGGUGGAGAUGCCCAGGAGAGAGAUAGAGGUGGUGAAGGGUCAGAUGGUAGUCCUACAGGCCUGGUACAGCCCCACAUCUGAUAUUGGCAGGAACAGCGUCAUCUGGAACUUCAUGGCCAACGACUCCAAGCAGAUUUAAGUCAGGACUGAGACUCAGGAACAGUCAACACCUCUUGGAAAGCCAUUCUGGUGUGUCUUUUCAAAAAACAUUAAUGGAAUUGUGUCGCAGAAAAAUAAACCUAUCCAAGGGUCUUCAGAAGACUGAGUGAGACAACAACACACAUUUUUAUACCAAAGACACACCAGAAUGGCUUUCCAAGUGAUGUUGAGUGUUCUUGGGUGGUCUAGUCUCAGUCCUGACUGAAAUCAGCUUAAAAAGGUCAUCUCCUACAGUAAUGGUGAGCCAGGGAUAGGUAGUCCUGAGUUCAGAAAGCGUGUUGGGUUCAGCCUGUCCAUGCCCUCGUCCAAUCUCUCCAUCUACAUCAACAACACCCAGGAGUCAGACUCAGGACGAUACCUCUGCAAUGUCAUCAUCCCUGGAGCCGCCGGUCUCUCUGGAGAAAUGCGCCUCAAUGUCAAAGUCCCUCCCUCGCCUCCAGUGUGCACGAUGACUGGGUCAUCUGUGCUGAAUGGCAAUGUGACACUAAGCUGUAAAUCCAGUUCGGGCGAACCCAUCCCUCAUUACAAAUGGACCAAGAAUGCCCCCAUGUCAGAGGUCUUCUUUUCCCCCAUGCAGAAUGAGAGGCAAGGUACCCUCAGGUUGAGUAACCUCACUAAGAGCAUGUCAGGGAAAUAUGUGUGCCGAGCUAGCAACACUGCCGGUUCUGACACUUGCUCUAUCAACCUGGAGGUCUUCACCUCCUCUAAUUCUGGAGCGAUUGCUGCUGCUACUCUGGGGUCCAUCGUGGGACUGGUAGCCAUCAUACUCUUCCUCAUCUUCAUGCUGAGGAGGAGAGACCACGAAGAGGAGGAGAUAGCCAAUGAUAUCAAGGAGGAUGCCCAGGCACCCAAGCGUGUUUCCUGGGCAAAGAGUGGCACAGGCUCCGACAUCAUCUCCAAAAAUGGCACGCUGUCAUCCAUAGCCACGAGCCCCCAUCCGGGAGACCCCCAGCAGCUCAAAAACUUCCCCUACCCCACUGCACCGGCCUCUGACACAGGCUCUGUGCUCAACGCCUACCGCCUUCGGCCUGGAGAGCUCAACCCCCUGCAGGGCCUCCCAGGGUACAUCAGUGGCACACUUCCACCCAGGCACACCAGACCCCUCUGUGUUGCUAACAACAUUGAUGCCACCUAUCCACAAGGGCACAGUCGACCCCCCAGUUCUAACCACAUCAGUGGGACUCCACCCCCUGGCCACACCCGGCUCCUCAGCACUAGUAUCAUUGUUGACACUCCUCCCCAUGGGUUCAGUCAACCACCCAGUUUUAACCAUGUUGGUGUCACCUCUCCACAUGGGUACAGCAGACCCCAUAGUUCUAACAACAUUGGUGCCCCCUCCCCCCAGGGGCACAGUCGACCCCCAAGUUCUAACAAUAUCGGCGCCCUCUCUCCACAUGAGCACAGCAGACCACCAAGCUUGAACCACAUCAGUGGCAGCUCUCCACAAAGGCACAGCCAACUCCCCAGUUCCAACCACAGCCGACCCCCCAGCAUCAGUAGCAUGCCUCACUAUGGACACAGCAGAUCCUCCAGUUCUAACGGUGCCCCACCUCAUUCCCCACCUGGCCACAUGGUCACAGACCCCGACAAGACUGAGGGGGCCCAGCCCCAGGUACCACGCCCUCUCACCUCGCCCAUUAGCUCCACCACCCUGGCCCGUAUGGGGGCUGUGCCCGUCAUGGUGACCGCUCAGAGCCAGGCUGGAUCACUGGUAUAGCCCACUGGAGGGUCUCCCGUUUUACUACUGAACACAAAAAACUAAAGCAAAUGGAUAAAGACUUCCUCAAAGGAAGAUUGCACAGAGUAGAGAAGGAUUUGCUUGGAAUUAAAAACACUUUUUUAUUGUGAUCGUUCAAAAUUAUGUUCGGAGUAGAAAGAAGAGCUCAUGCUGAAGAAGACACUUGUGGAAUCUCCUGUAUUCAAGUCUGCACAAGUUCAAAGACUUAAUUGAUUUGUUUUUAUUCUUUUAGCUGUUUUCAAAUCUUUUUUGCGAAAUAAAUGUUUUUGCUUUUA